CUUGCUGUACAAAUUAAUGCAACAACCAUCGAAUUUCAAAGUUCAAAUUUCACAGCUAUUCACCACCAACAUCCAAUUUUACCAAGAGAAGACAUCUGGUAAAGACUGAUAAGUAUUCGCAUAAACACAGAGCUCUCCUGUCUGUUAAACAGUGAAGCCAAUCCUUAGAUCGCCCCAGAUGACUACGCCUAACAUUUUCCCUCCCCAAAAGAAAUAUUUAAUGUACAUGAAGGCCUUAAGAGAAUAAUUGCAUGAAAUCUGUAAGUAUAAUCAGGUCAUCGUCGCAAAAGAGUAUACAUGCCGUUUAAGCCAUGUCAUACACAAAGUUAAAAAUGAGCAUAAUGAUGAAAAUUGAGACGUAAUUGUCAUGACCACGCAGCAGAACAGGGUGCGUUAAAUUAACGUGAUAGUGUUUAUACAGUAUGAAUCCCGCAAGACUCGUGAAAACACAGUGCUUAAAUUUCAAUAGCAAUUUCAUAAGUUGUAAUAUUAGGCUAACAUAAAAAUAAAUACAAUUUAAGAUUGAAUGCUUACUCACUAAUGUUUUGACACUCUAUAGUUUAUAUUUUCCAUAAAUACAAUACAUAUAUUGGAAAACAGUCUAAAUAUGUCAGUCCAGUUUAUACUACAUUAAAUACUGUAUUAAACUACAGAAAUUUUCCUUAUCCAAUGAUAGCGCAUAUUUAAAAGCAUAUAUCUUAUAAUCGUGCCCGUUUCAUGUUGCAUUGGAUAUAAUAGUUUUUCAAUUAAGAAGACUGUGGAAAACAGGGAAUAUUCUAACGAUUAAAACAAAAACGUGCUGUCAGUUAUUUCUGAAGCGGACAAAAAAGUAAUGACGGCAACAUAUGAAUAUGGAAAAAACUCCCGAUCCUAACGCCUACUGCGAAAUGGAGCGGAGAGCUCAUCCCAUGUAUCUAAAUGGGUAGAUCGGGGCUGAGCUCGAGUGCCGCCGGAGUCCCGGGCUCAGCGUGCGAAAGCAGUCCAGCCGCUUCCCGCCGCGAAUGACUGCGUGCGGCUCAUUCAAUCUGGAGCGUCAGAUGGUGGCGGCGCAAGGUGCUCCGCGUCCCUCCAUUGUCCCCCCCUUCUCCGUGACUGGCCGCCGUCGAUCGACAUCGCAUCGCCGCCCAUACGUGCUUUACAGCCGUUCCCCGGUACAGAGGACAUCUAGGGCAAUGCGCUGGGCUCCCGGAGAAGCGCGGCGCUGAGGCUCCGCCGAUCCCGGACACGGACUGGCAUCCUGACCCGUACAUGUGUCCCGUCAGUUCGCCUGAUGAAGCAACGGAAUCUGGCUUAACGGAGAAACGUCAGUUAUUGGGCUGGAUCGCAUGGGCAAAUUGCUCUGUCUACUUCUGAAAAGAUAACAGCGGCAGGCUUUUCCCGUCCGUCGUUAACCCGGUAAAAUCUGCUGUAUCUCCCGACCUGGACACCCUAUCAGUGGAGGGAGGAGCGAUGGGAGCAGCUAUAUCGCCGUAAACAACACUAUGCUUUGUCUCGGCAACGAACUGUAGUGACUGACAUCGCUCAUCUGAACCCAGAACAAUGAGACGGACUUCUGACUAGAUGCUUUUUCUAUCGCCUCUUUAUGUUCACUUUGUAGAAUAAUAAUAAUAAUAAUAAUAAUAAUAAUAAUAAUAAUAAUAAUAAUAAUAGGUUUUGGAGCCCUAUGAACCGGAGCAUGCAUGUGUCUUGUUUUUAUAUUAUUUUAUUAACAAGAGACUGGCCACCGAUACCUAUUCUGACCUAACAGUCAGAAAUUUUCGACUUGAUCAACUGGCUAAAAAUUGGACCCACUGACGAUAACCAGCCGGAAUAAUAGCCGCGAUCUGUCUUAAUUGCCUCCACGAUCGGAUACAAUUUUGUGCGCAAAAUAGAAGAACACUAUACGGCGGAUAAAGGUAUGCAUGACGGAAGACAGUUGCAAUUGAUGAAUCGCGGGUGGAAGUGAAUUGGUCCUCGUCUCUGCCUGGAACUGCUUUGUCAACACCGGAGAGAUUAGGGAUUUUGGAGUUAAAGCGACCCACGUGGAGCGAGCACGCUAGUCGGACUGUUAACCAUGGGCUGUUGCAGUGGUCGAUGUACACUCGCCUUUAUAUGUGGCAUUCAACUGAUCAGUAUAUUGGAACGGCAGAUUUUUGACUUCCUCGGGUACCAGUGGGCGCCGAUCCUCACGAACUUCGUACACAUCAUCGCUGUGAUCCUGGGCCUGUUCGGCACGGUCCAAUUCAGGCCCCGAUAUGUCACCGGGUACGCCGUCUGGCUGGUGAUCUGGGUGACCUGGAACGUCUUCAUCAUCUGCUUCUACCUGGAGGUGGGGGACCUUUCCAAGGACACCGACUUGAUCAUGACCUUUAACAUCUCCAUGCACCGCUCCUGGUGGAUGGAGAACGGCCCGGGGUGUCGGGUCACCCCCGUGACCCCACCGCCGUCCUGGGCCCCUGAAGACCACCGUUACAUCAGCAUCUCCGGUUGCCUGCUGGAAUAUCAGUACGUGGAGGUGUCCCAAAGCGCCCUGCAGGUCAUCUUGGCACUCGCUGGCUUCAUCUACGCCUGUUACGUGGUGAAGCUCAUCUCAGAAGAAGAGGACAGCUUCGACUUUAUAGGAGGGUUCGACUCCUAUGGUUAUCAGGGGCCGCAGAAGACGUCACACUUGCAGCUCCAGCCUAUGUACAUGUCAAAGUAAACAGGACAACUGCCUUACGAACACAUCAGAUAGAAAUGUCUCCUUUUCUUUCUUCUUUCUUAAUUGUCUUAAAUAAUAGUGUCUUAUAAAAUUGACUGGAAAGAAGAGAACGUUUUCCGUCCUCGGAAAGCGAAAUGAACGCAGUGGAUUUUUCUUUCUUGCUGGCCAGCCGACGCUCGGCAGAGUGACUGGAGAGACUCUGGCUGACACGCGGGGGAGGCUGGCGGCAGAUGCGAGAGCGCCCCCAUGUGGCCACAUCCUUCCGGCUCUUCACGAAGCUGCGCUGACGGCUCUCCCUUCACGUCUGACCGAAGAAUGAAUACCGUACGUUAUGAAGGCAGCGACGUCACGCCGAUGUCAACCAACCUCGCUUAAAAAGAUAGAAAAUGAGCAAAAAAGAAAAAAAAACGUCUGCAACUGAGCCAUGUACUAAAAACGAUGUUGUCACCUGGGUGCUUGGAGUCUGUCGAUUACAGUGAUUAGAAAA